AUGGAUUCCAUUUGCAUGUGCCAUUUUAUUCUGUUAUUGACCAUAGUGUGUACUUUUGUUGUUGCAACUCUAGGAGACAAUACAACAGAUUCCUACUGGCUUCUAAGAAUUAAAUCAGAAUUGGUCAAUCCAUUUGGAGCCAUGAGCAACUGGUCUCCAACAACUCAUAUUUGUAGCUGGAAUGGACUGACAUGUGCAAAUGAUCAGACACAUAUUAUAGGCCUUAAUUUGUCUGGUUCAGGAAUAUCAGGUUCCAUUUCAGUUGAGUUUAGUUACCUCAUUUCUCUUCAAACACUUGAUUUGUCUUCAAAUUCCAUCACAGGUUCCAUCCCUUCUGAAAUUGGACAGCUUCAAAAUCUAAGAAUAUUGCUACUGUACUCAAAUUAUCUCUCUGGUAACAUUCCUGCAGAGAUAGGUAAUUUGAACAAGUUGCAAGUUCUUAGAUUAGGAGACAACAUGUUGACAGGUGAAAUCACACCUAGUAUUGGCAACUUGGGUGAGUUGACAGUGUUAGGUCUUGCAAAUUGCAACUUGAAUGGAAGCAUACCUGUGGAGAUGGGUAACUUGAAGCAUCUAACAUCUCUUGAUUUACAAGUGAACAGUAUCAGUGGCCUCAUACCUGAAGAGAUUCAAGGUUGUGAAGAGCUCCAAAAUUUUGCCGCAUCAAACAACAUGCUUGAAGGAGAGAUACCCUUCUCUAUUGGAUCUCUCAGAUCAUUAAGAAUUCUAAACCUGGCCAAUAAUAGUCUUUCUGGAUCAAUUCCUACUUCUUUGAGUGAUCUAUCCAACUUGACAUACCUGAAUUUGCUUGGAAAUAAAUUAAAUGGUGAAAUUCCUUCAGAUAUUAACAAUUUGAGCCAGUUACAGAAGCUUGACAUGUCCAAAAACAACCUUUCUGGGUCACUGACCCUCCUUAAUACCAAAUUACUCAAUCUUGAAACUCUAGUUCUGUCUGAUAAUGCUUUAACUGGUGGUAUUCCAUGUAACUUCUGCCUCACGGGUUCAAAGCUUCAGCAACUGUUCUUGGCUAGGAAUAAGCUUUCUGGAAAAUUCCCCUUGGAGCUACUCAACUGCUCCUCAAUCCAACAGGUGGACCUUUCUGACAACAUCUUUGAAGGUGAACUUCCAUCCAACCUUGACAAACUUCAGAACCUAACAGAUCUUGUGCUCAACAACAACAGCUUCGUUGGAUCUAUACCUCCAGAAAUUGGAAAUAUAAGUAGCUUAAAAAGCCUUUUCUUGUUUGGUAACUUCUUCACAGGAAAAAUCCCAGUGGAGAUUGGAAGGCUUAAGAGGUUGAAUACCAUUUACCUCUAUGAUAACCAGAUGUGUGGACCUAUACCAAGAGAGUUAACAAACUGCACAAGAUUAACUGAAAUUGACUUCUUUGGAAACCAUUUUUCUGGCCCCAUUCCAGAGACUAUAGGUAAGUUAAAGGACUUAACUGUUCUCCAUUUAAGGCAGAAUGACUUGUCAGGUCCAAUCCCACCAAGCAUGGGCUACUGUAAAAGGCUUCAGUUAUUGGCAUUAGCAGAUAACAAGUUGUCAGGUUCAAUACCACCCACAUUUAGUUACCUUUCAGAAAUUAGUACCAUUACCCUUUACAACAACUCUUUUGAAGGACCUUUACCUGAUUCUCUUUCUCUUCUCAGAAACCUUAAAAUCAUAAACUUUUCCAAUAACAAGUUCAGUGGAAGUAUCUUCCCUCUAACUGGUUCAAAUUCUCUUACUGUUUUGGACUUAACAAACAACACCUUCUCAGGUCCUAUCCCUUCUAUUCUAGCCAGCUCCAGAGAUCUCAUUCGUCUCAGACUUGCACACAACUAUCUCACAGGAACCAUUCCUUCUGGGCUUGGCCAUCUCGCUGAGCUAAACUUCCUUGAUUUAUCAUUCAACAACUUGACAGGAAAUGUGCCACCUCAACUCUCUCAGUGCAAGAAAAUUGAACACCUUCUGCUGAAUAAUAACAGAUUGAGUGGAGAAAUGUCUUCAUGGUUGGGAAGCUUGCAAGAACUUGGAGAGCUAGAUCUCUCAUUCAACAACUUCCAUGGAAAGGUUCCUUCUGAGCUUGGUGGCUGCUCAAAAUUGCUUAAGCUUUCUCUCCAUCACAACAAUCUCUCAGGUGAAAUCCCACAAGAGAUAGGAAAUCUCACAUCUCUCAAUGUCUUCAACUUGCAAAGGAAUAGUCUAUCUGGCCUCAUUCCAUCAACAAUUCAGCAAUGCACUAAGCUUUAUGAGUUAAGGCUCUCAGAGAACUUCCUCACAGGAACUAUACCAAUUGAGCUAGGGGUGGUCACUGAGUUGCAAGUGAUAUUGGACUUGAGUAGAAACCUCUUAUCUGGUGAGAUUCCAUCAUCUCUUGGAAAUCUCAUGAAGCUAGAAAGACUUGAUCUUUCUUUUAAUCAACUUCAAGGAGAAGUUCCUCCUUCACUUGGUCAACUGACAAGCCUGCAUGUGCUAAAUCUCUCAAAUAACCAUCUUCAUGGCUUCAUUCCUUCAACCUUUUCAGGGUUCCCACUAAGCUCAUUCCUUAAUAAUGACCAUUUAUGUGGCCUGCCACUAGCAUUUUGCUCAGAAGCUAUGAGGAAAGAGAAAAUGCAGCUUUCAAAUACACAAGUGGCAGCAAUCAUAGCUGCUAUUGUUCUUACUUCUACUCUGAUAUGCUUAGUAAUGUUCUAUAUAAUGUUGAGAAUCUGGUGCAACUGGAUAAAGGUAGCUGUUUCAAGUGAAGAUGAUGGCAUGCUUGAGCAGAAGCCAAGAAAGGGAGAGUACUGGAAUGUGAAUUCCUCUGGGUUGUUUCCUUCACCAGAGAAGCAGAAUAUAGUAACAACUUGCAUUUAUAAUCUUAAAAUUGAUGCAGAAGCCAUGGAAAAUAGCUUGGUCUGA